AUGCUCGCCUCGCUAGAGAUCAUAUCGCCCACCGCAUUCGGGUAUGACAUUCCCUGGCAGCGCCACCUCAACCUGGCCCGAACGCUGAUGUGGAGGCGGCUGGCGGACCUGCGAAGGACCACCGAGAACGGUCUGCAGGAGGAUGGUGCGUGUGCCUUUCUGUGGAGCUGGUUCACAUACUUGGAUGUCCUGGGGAGCUUGAGCGGCGGUGGUGUGCCCGACGCGGAUUCUUCGAGGUUCUGGCUGCUCGAGUAUAAGGUUCACAAUCCUGGCGUCAGCCAGGAUAAGAUUGACUGCGUCAUGGGGUUCACUACGCGCUGUGUCCAGAUCCUAGCCCAGAUCGCAGAGCUGGCGCGCCGCUGCGACGAGCAGCGAUUCGCGCUGAGCAGUUCCUCAGCGCAACCUGUCUGGUAUCCGAACGCGGCUUGUAUCGAGCGGGCCCAGCUAUUGGAGCAGGAGCUUCUAUGGAGCAUGGCGCAGACGUCACGCCCGUGCAGACAAAUCACCACCAUCACCACACAGAGCCAGAGCCGAAGCGUAGGCCAGGACAACAGCGUCGAGGUCGAGCUCGAGGGACAGGGUAACAAGGAGGAGAUGGUCCUUUUGAACGAGGCGUUCCACUGGGCUGGGCUUGUGCACCUACAUAGGCGCGUCCUGGGUAAGCCGUCCGGCCACGAGGACGUCCAGGGACCGGUGGCCGGGAUCGUGGCGUGCUUGGAGGGCAUUGCGCCUGGCGGGUCAGCGGAGACGGGGUUCUUGUUUCCCAUGUUUACGGCUGGAUGUCAUGCGCUGGAGGGGCCGCAGAGGAGUAAGAUAUUGGAGCGGUUUCGGAGCGUGGAGAGGAAUGGGAUGACGCAGGUUCACAAGGCGAGAGUACUCAUGGAAAAGGUAUGGGUUACGGGAGAGCCAUGGGAGCCUCUGCUGUGCACAGAAUUCAUUGGGUGA